AUGCAGCUGCUGAUUCCUUUUCCCCUCCUCCGCGUUCCCUCCUCCCUCUGGUUCUACUUCAUCGCAAACAAUGACGAAGAGGACUCGCAGUCAUCGGAGAGGGCAGAGAGUGAGCUUUACAGCACGCCCUCCUUCAACACGGUCGAGGAGUUCUGGAGUAUCUACGACCAUCUCGUCAGGCCAAACGAGAUGUCAACCAACUUCGACUGCUGCUUGUUCCGGGAUGGGAUCAAACCGUUUCCCGACGACCCGGCGAACAUGGGAGGAGGGAAGUGGACGCUGAGGUUGAGGAAGGGUCUGGCGUCGAGGUUUUGGGAGGAAGUCAUUCUAGCGUGCAUCGGCGGAGCUCACAACAUGAGUCAGGAUUUCUGCGGAGCAAUUGUGACGAGCCGGCCAGAGGAGGAUGUUCUCUCAGUAUGGUGCGAUCACCGGUGA